GUAACAUUUUUAAUUUUUUUUAAUAAAUUACACAAACACAAACGUAUUUAUUUAAUAAUUAAUUAUGCUAUUUCGAUUUAUCGCCUUAAAUCGUGCUACAAUUCAAAGAAUUUUGUCCAAGAAUUAUUGUUCAAAAGUACCUUCCAAUCCGGUCAGUACAGUACAAAAUGAAGAUAAAAAUAAAAUAUGCAUUGAUCCGAGUACUAUAACGCUGCUUGAAAGACUUUCACUAGUAAAGUAUGAUACUCCAAAAGGAAUAAAAGUUUUGGAAGAUUCAAUAACUUUUGCCAAUAAAAUACUUCAUAUAAACACUGACAAUAUAGAACCUCUUUAUACCACCCUAGAAAAUGAAAACCUCAAUCUUCGUCCUGACAAGAUUACACAAGGAAAUUGUCAAAAGGACAUAUUAAAAAAUGCUACAGUGAAAGAGGAUGAUUACUUUGUGGCUCCGACUGGGAAUAUACCAUUGCUCGAAAUAGAAAACAAAGAACUUCCUUUGAAGGCAACCAACAAAAAUGAAAACUGAAAUUCUUAAAGUUUUAAACCUGAAAAAAUUCUUUCAAAUGAUUAAUAAUAAUGCAACAAAAAUUGAUUUUACUUUAUUGAAACCUAGUCAGGUAUUAAUGAAAAAUAUCCAUGUGAAUUGGCUCCGGUUCACAUUAGGCAAAACACAGAAACACAUGCCAGUUUAUUUGAAUAGAAAAACAUUUGAGUUAUGUGAUAAGAAUAUACCAUUUGGUUUUAUAACAAUUGAUAAACAAUCUACCGAAAUACUAACUCACAACCUGAGAAGUGUUUAUCCAGAAGAAACUUCUAAAUUAGCACUAAACAUAAUUAUACCCCAAAAAGACAUAAUGAAAAUUUUUAUUCAAUGGCAACGAUAUAGGAAAUACUGGUGGAGUUCUAUAACCACAACACCCAGCUUGUUUAGCAUAAAUGACAUGAAGUUGGAAAAUAAUGAAGCCAAUGUUGAUAUAUUAGCAAAAUUUCCUUUUGGAUCAUUUCCUGUUGAAAGAAUUACUAUUACAUGCGAUGAUAAUGAAAGUAACAAUUAUCGCCUCAGUUGUACCAUGUCAUUAGAAAAUGCACUAUUUAUAAUACUCCUUGAUGGGUUAAGUAAUUACUCAAAAGAAGAAUAUUUGAGACUUCACCGAAAAAUCACACCAUAUAAGAUUGCCUUUGGUUUCAAUUUUGAAGAUAACAAAAAUAAGGAACGAUUGAGUAAACUCGUUCAAGUAUUGUUCAACAAAUUGGAGGGAAACCAAAUUGCUGCAUUGUUACCCUCAAUCCCAAUGAGUCUAGAUUCUCAGAUCAAAGAAAAUCUUCAAAUGGGCGUAACCUAUACUGCUAUCGUCGAUGAAACAACCUUAGAAAAUGGUAUAUUCCAAUUACUGAACAGCAGCACAAUGUUGAAGGAACAAGUUCACGUUGCUGACUUCCAUGAAUAUGCGUCAAGUUUAUUCAACUACUAAAUAUGUUUUUAUCGGAAAUUACGUUUAUAGUAAAAAAUGUCUUUAUAGUUAUUGAAUUUG